GAGAGAGAUGCAGACUGGAGCUGAGCAGGACCAGAGAGUGAGAAAAAGAAGUAGUGAGAGACAUAAAAAAGGCUAGAUACAGAGAGACAGAAACAUAUAGAAACUAGACUUCACAGGGGCAUCUGAAAAUAUGUGUGAAACAUUUCAUAAAUUCAUCAUGGGACUACGUGAUUUUAUGAAGGAUUAUUUUCUUGGUUUCUGGGACUAUGAGACACCAAAGGUGAUGGUGGUUAAAAACAGAACUCUUGGAGUCAUUUACAGAGGCGUUCAGUUUCUUGUGAUCACCUAUUUCAUCUGGUAUGUCUUUAUAAAUGAGAAAGCAUAUCAAGAGAGUGAAACCCGUCCAGAGAGCUCCGUUUACACUCUCAUGAAGGGCACAGCAGUUCAUGGAGAUGAUAUCCUGGACACUGUGGAGUACACUCGACCCUCAGAGGGUGGUGAUGUGAUUAGUACAAUAUUGAGACGAGAAGUCACGUAUGAUCAGAGGCAAGGGACCUGCGCUGAGUAUUUCAAUGUUGCCAAUGCGAACUGUACAACAGAUUCUGACUGUGUCCAGGGGCAGGUUGACUUUGAUGGCCAUGGCAGAAGGACGGGCAAAUGUGUUCAAUACUAUAACCACACCUUCAAAACUUGUGAGAUCCAAACUUGGUGUCCUGUUGAGGAGUACGCAGUAGUACGUGAACCAGCAUUAGUGGAGGCCGUCAACUUCACAGUGUUCAUCAGGAACUCUAUCCACUUCCCAAAGUUUAAAGUGCUGAGGGGAAAUAUCAAAGAUGCCUCAAAUAAGCGUGACAUGCAGAAAUACCUCAGUAAGUGUCAUUACGACGAGGAGAAAGAGCCCUACUGUCCAAACUUCCGCCUGGGCUACAUCGCAGAUCAAGCCAGGGAGAAUUUCAGUGAGCUCUGCAGGACUGGAGGAGUGAUUGGGGUUUUCAUUAACUGGAAGUGUAACCUGGACCUGGAUCCUUCAAAUUGUAAACCUACAUAUUCCUUCCGACGUCUUGAUCUCCGAAAGGAUGAGGCCAACUCUGGAUAUUACUACAGAUUUGCCAAAUAUUACAGCAAGGAUGGGGUAGAGUCUCGGACACUUAUCAAGGCCUAUGGCAUCCGUCUGGAUGUCAUUGUUCACGGACAUGCUGGUAAAUUCAGUCCCAUCCCAACCAUCAUCAGCACAGUGACUGCGAUGACUUCAGUUGGGAUUUGUACCAUUAUCUGUGACUGGAUCAUGCUGACGUUUAUUGACAAGAAUGAAGUCUACAGUGAGAGAAAGUUUGAUGAAGUUAUCAAGGAGCCCACGGUGCCCAUCCCCACAGAGCUCAGCUACAUCAGCAGCUAUGGCUCAAACCAUUCAGACCUGUCAGACGGUGUACCACUGUGAUGUCGUCACAGUCCUCACCGGCCAAGUGUGUGUGUGUGUGUGUGUGUGUAUGGACUCUCCUAAAGUCAGUUGACUGUGGCAAAGACAACAACUCUGAGUGGUUUCUCAGGUGUCUGCAGCAGCUCAGUGAUGGACUACCACUGACUGCUUUGCUGGUGUCAAUGGGAAUAUACUGAUAGAGCACCACAGUGACACGAUCAGCUGGCCUCCUGCCUGUGCAGUGGACAUUUAUCGUCUCAAACCUUGAUGGACCUCUACCCGUUUCUCAGACCACAGCGACUCCACUUAGAAGAUGUGUUUUUUUUCCUCAGUAUGAAAACAAACCAAACAGUAUUUCAUAGCAGAAAAAUAUUUGUCAUGAGAAACAGAUUUACAAACAAUACAAAUUUUGCCCAUGUAUUGCAUUUAAUUCAACAA